AUGUGUCAUGUUUUCAUGCAAGAUGAUGCUGAUACACUUUUACAUAACAAAUUUGUGGUCAUCAUUGGAGAUUCUGUUCAGAGAGGGGUAUAUAAAGAUCUGGUGAUGCUAUUAAAUAGAAACAAAUAUUUAACAUAUAAAAAUCUUAAAUCGAAGGGUGAAGUAACAUUUGAAGGAGAUGAACUAAUAGAAGGUGGUGUACUAGGUAAAAUGGUGAAUGGUAUAAACUAUAGAGAAGUAAGACAGUAUAAUUCUGAAGAUCAUUUAAUCAGAUUUUAUUUUGUAACAAGAUGUUAUAACCAGUAUGUAGAGAGUAUAUUGUUAGAUUUAAUGAAGGAACCUAAACCAGAUGUAGUGAUGAUGAAUUCAUGUUUAUGGGACAUAACUAGGUAUGGACGUAAUGCUAUCAAUGAAUAUAAAGAUAAUCUUCAGAAAUGCAUCAAACGGUUUAAAGAGACACUGCCGCCACAUUGUUUAUUUGUCUGGAACUGUACGUUACCAAUUUCCAGGAAUGCCAGAGGUGGAUUUCUGAUUCCAGAAGUGGAAUUCCGAAAUGGUACUUUACGUCUAGACAUUAUUGAAGCUAAUUAUUAUGCCAGAGAGAUUGUGGCUUAUCACAAAUUUGAUGUCCUAGAUUUGCACUUUCAUUUACGUACCCAGUUAAACAGAAGGGCAACUGAUGGUAUACAUUGGGAUAACACUGCUCAUAGACGUAUAACAAAUUUAAUUUUGACUCACAUAGCUAAGUCUUGG